CAGUUUAAAGUGCUCCUUUGACCUAUAAAGCCCUAUGGCUUGUGUCCUGAUUAUCUGGAAGACUACAUCUCCCUUUAUGAGCCUGCUACAGCAUUGAGAUAAUCUGGAGAAGACUUCCCAGGCUCUAACUCCUUUCCUACAGAGGCCAGGAUGGCAGCAUCCCUGCUUUUCUUUCUUUCUGCGGCAAGUAAAAACAUUCUUGUGCUGUCUGGCUUUUUCACACCGAUGACGGUUGGACUUUUAAAUGUCAUGUAAUUCAGGUUUUAAGAAAUGGAUAACCACAAAUCAGGAUUUUCUGUCUCAACCCUAUAGAAUUAAAGACUAUGAAGAACUGGAAAUUCAUAAGUCUAUGUUGGAUAAAGAUAAUUUUGAAAUUGCUGUUACUGACAGGGAGACAGGGCUACCUGAGUCAGGGUUUGGAGCUGUAUUGCCACGUCACUCUCCACAUCGUUUUGCAAUGUUAGUAUUUGAAGAAUUCUGGAAGAGAACUUGGAAACAUUACUGUUUGGACUAUAGCAUCCAGAAUUU